GACGAUCGCUCCGGCACCCCGUCACUCGCUGAUGGGCUCCUCACGGCAGCUCUAAGCCACAGGAGCUGUUUUCAUACCCCGUACAGGUCCGUGCGGUGACACAGCCAGGACAGAGACCAGAGACUCGGUCCUUGACUUUGAGUCUGCUCUUUCACCUCAUUGUGCAUCUAAUUAGAGAAACACGCUAAAAGGAAACUGAAAGCGCCCAGCUGUUUCUUAAAAGCCAAGAUUUCCUGGAAGAGCCCCAGAGCUUUUGCUUUUUCUUUCCUGCAGCACUUAACCCGAAGGCAGUUUUGCAGUCAAUUCUGGUUCAGAAGCCACCCUAUUCUUCCUCUCUGUCUUUCUGCAGCCCACUGGCUCACAGCCCCCUGCCAGACCAGGGGACCUCGGAGAGGCAAGGACGAAGUUUCGGGAUCUUCCCCUCCCUCAGGACCCGAGGCCACCAAGGAGAGAGCUCCGGAGAGAGAAGAAAGGUGGUACAGUGUCUCUCCCCCACCAGAACACCUGCCAUUCUGAAUAUGAGGAGGAUCAGAGACGUGUUUUUGAACACCACAAAAGCAGAGAAAUCUCCACCAGAUCAAGAAAAUCAUUUGACUCCUAAGGACACAGAUUUGGUGCCACAGAGGCUGCUGGACAACCAGGCAGAGAAAGAAUGCAAGGCUGGUGUUGGUUUGCAAAGGGAAAAAGAUGAUGCUUUUCUGUGUGAAGAUGUCGAGCUACAGGAAGGAGAUCUGACCCCCGAAGAAAAAAUAUUUUUGAGAGAAUUUCCCAGAAUGAGAGAAGAUGUAAAAGGGAACAUUGAGAAGCUCCGUGCCCUCGCAGAGGAUAUUGACAAAAUCCACAAGAAAUUCACCGGGACUAAGUUGGUGGCCAACUCCACUGCUGUCAUCUCUGGGGUGGUGAGCCUCCUGGGGUUAGCCCUUGCCCCAGUAACAGGAGGAGGAAGCCUGCUACUCUCCGCCGCUGGUCAAGGUUUGGCGGCAGCAGCUUCGGUCACCAGCAUUGUGACCGAUACGCUGGAGCACUCCCAAAAUAAAAAAGCCCAAGCUCGGGCUGAAGACAUACUGCCCACCCAUGACCAGGAGGACGAGGAAGCUGAGAAAGAGAAGGGGGACUAUUUCGGGGCCGCUGUAAAGGUUAUCUCUAACGUUAACAACGCCGUGAAGCACGCCAAACAAAACGUCCGUGCAUUUCAGAAAGUCAGAGCCAACCCACACUUGGCCAACGCCGCCAAGCGUCUUCUGACCACUGGCAGAGUCUCCUCCCGGAGCACCGCACGGGUGCAAAAGGCCUUUGCAGGGACAACGCUGGCAAUGACCAAACGUGCUCUCAUGCUGGGAGGGACGAUGGCUGUCGUCUCCCUUGGCUUUGACUUGGCCACUCUCUCCAAAGAAUGGAAGCACCUGAAGGAAGGAGCAAGGGCAAAGCUGGCGGAAGAGUUGAGAGCCAAGGCCUCCGAGCUGGAGAGGGAGCUCACAGAACUCACCCAGCUCUACCAGAGCUUGCAGCAGAAAGUGAGGUCAAGGGCCAGAGGGCCGGGGAAGGCUUUAACGGGGAUCUGCAAAACUGAGGCUUACCAGAUGGGGUUAAGGGAGCAUGUGUGGAUAUGUGUGUGUCUGUGUGUGUGUGUCUGUGUGUAUGUCAUGUUUACAUGACUGCUCCUCAGGACAUGGGUAUACAAUGGCCUUGGAGGUCCAAAUAAUAUCAAGUACAUCUUUGGAGAUGAGGGUGCCUGUCCUGGACACACGUGGGCAUGCCUUCUGCUUCUCCCUCAACACUUCUUAAGGCCCAUGUGCCGGGAAAAGAGUCUUCCCAGUUUGUUAGUUUGGUUGCUUUGAGACGGGGUCUCUGUCACCCAGGCUGGAGUGCAGUGAUGUAAUCUCGGCUCACUGCAACCUCCGCCUCCUGAGUACAAGCAGUUCUCCUGCCUCAGCCUCCCAAGUAGCAGGGAUUAUAGGCACAUGCCAACGCACCCUGCUUUUUUUUUUUUUUUUUUUUUUGCGUUUUUAGUGGAGACAGGGUUUCACCAUGUUGGACCGGUUGGUCUUGAAUUCCUGACCUCCUGACCUUAAGUGAUCCACCCACCUUGGCCUCCCAAAGUGCUGGGAUUACAGGCGUGAGCCACUGUGCCCAGCCGAGUCUUCCCAGUUUAACAAAGAGGACACUGAACCACAGGGGGAGUUAGGAACUAAAUUGUCUUCUUCUAAUUCAUAUGUUGAAGUUCUAAAGCAAAAUGUGGCUGUAUUUAGAGAUGGAGCCUUUGGGAGGUAAUUAGGGUGGAAUGAGGCCAUCAGGGUGAGGUCCUAAUGUGAUGGAAUUGACUUCCUUAUAAGAGGAGGAGGAAACACAAGAGGACCUCCCCACCCCUGCUGCACAGCCGUGCUGAAGAAAGGCUGCCUGAGGACACAGCAAGAAGGCGGCCGUCUGCAAGGCAGAGGAAGAGAGCCCUCACAAGGAAGUAAAUGAGUCAACAGUGCAGUCUGGGGCUUCCAGCCUCUAGAACUGUGAAACAAUACAUUUCAUGGUGUAAGCAACCCAAUAGUAGUUUGUUACUAUUUUGUGAUAGCCACCAAAGAUGACUAAGCCAGGGACGUUAUGUCACUUGCCAAGUGUCUUAGUCUGUUUGUGCUGCUAUAACAAAAUACCUUAGACUGGGUAAUUUACAAACAACAGAGAUGUAUUGCUCACAGUUCUGGAGGCUGGGAAGUCCAAGAUCAAGGCACCAGCAGAUUCCUAUCUGGUGAAGGCUCACUCUCUGCUUCACAGAUGGCACCAUCUGGCUGUGUCCUCACAUGACAGAAGGGGCAAACAAGCCCCCUUGGGCCUCUUUUAUAAAGGCAUUAAUUCCAUGGCCUAAAGGCAGAGUCCUCAUGACUCUGUCACCUACCAAAAGGCUCCUCUUCUUUAUACUAUUGGAGGGGCAGAAGGAACUUCCUUUCUAGACCUUGAAGGUUUAAGAAUUUGAAUCUAUAAAACAAGCUGACAAUAGAUAGAUUAACAGGAGAAAAGCCUUACAAAUUUUUUAAUGUGAGCCAGAUGGUGGAGGCUUAAAUAGCACCCCAAGCUACAGGAAAAGGGGCUGCUGAUGGGGAAGUGGGGAGGUAGUGACACAAGCCUUGGGAGGGGGUGGAGGAGGAAGCAUGUGGUGAGCAAAGUUUGUCUUAUUACACAGAUAAAGUCUCUCAGGUAACAGCCCUUAGAAGAAUACAGUCAUUGGCCAUGCACAGCGGCUCAUGACUGUAAUCCCAGCACUUUGGGAGGCCAAGGCAGGUAGAUC